AUGCAACCGCCGUCCAACGCCGCUACCGAGAAGGCUGAAUGCACCGAAAGAAUCUUAAAGACGUGGAACAUCUCCAGCUUGGACGACGUUGUCGGCAGCUCUCUCUCGCCCUCGCUGUGGAGUUUGAGCUUGCUCAAAAGUCUUGACCUGCUUUGCGCGCACAAUCUCAGCCAUACCGACGUCCGUGGUCUGCUCAGGGCCGAGAUCACGCACCGAGUCGGCAAUACUCCGUCAAACGGUUUCCUGCACCGCCCAUUCCUUUCCGCAAUGGACGUUGACAACGUUCGAAGGACUCAGUCUCAGGCAGACACGAGCCCUUCUCCCGGUAUCACCGAUCAUCGUCCGGCCAGGUUUCCUGCGCCAGUGACCCCGAACUCUGUGUCACCCGCAUCGUUCCCUAGAGGCUCUGGCAGACUUGACCCUAGCACUCCCGCAUGCUCCCCUUCAAACGAAACGACAGCUGCAGACGGCUUCAAGCGCAAGAGAGACGCCAUGAUGGCAUGCCUAGACGAGGAGCUGGAGAGCCAGAGAAAGCGUGUUCGUCUGGAGGUUGAUAUUGCGUCGGCCACUGUCAAGAAAACUCGAUUCGAGCAGCAGAUGGCUGAGAAACACGAGCGGGAGGCCGCCCACGCCCUUGCUAGUCUGCCGACCGAGUCCGAAAAGCUCACAGAGCUCGAGGGCUUUCGAGCCUUUCAGAAUGACAUCUUCAAGCUUCGCAAGAAGUAUGCUGUUCUCCUCGGCAACAGCAAGGCUGCCGUGUCGACGGCGAUUGCCCCUGACGGACACAGACAGGUCGUGCAGGAGUCUUGCCGCACCAUCUUCGAGCUCCUCAACCACCGCAUUGAGGCCGAGGCCGUGGCCAUGGAGACAGAGGCUGCAAAGGCCAAGAAGGCACAGAGAGUUGCACAGGAGGAGAUGGACCACCACAGAGUUGUUGUCAAUGGCAAAAAAGCCGAGCUUGAGGCGGCUGAGAAAGCGUAUGCUGAUCUGCUUGCCGAGAACGAGGCUUUCGAUGCGUUCAAAACUUCUUUGUGA